GACGUCAAUGUUGAAUGAUGCUGUAAUCGACUACUGUUCCUUAUCAAGAUUCCAGUUGCAUCAUGGGAAAGCGCGAUGUUCAAAAUCCACUUCCGGUUGUGUGUUUUUUUCAGUCAUGGAGGAACGGAGCAGCAUUGUAAAGACCCCACUUAACAAUGUCUUGGCACAACGAAAGAGCACGAGUUACCGGCGAUCCAUGCGAAGCUGCGUUGAAGCAACUAAUCUGAGAUACACAUCAGGCCAUCUGACAGCUCUAAGAAUACCAAGAAGUAGAAGAACUCCAAAAUCACGUGUUAUCACAAAACAGGUUGACCCAGACCAAGUGGCACUCCUGGUGAAGAAGGAAUGGGAGCUGUCGUACGUCACACCUUUGUACCAGUUCAGACACACUCAGUUGAAAUCCUAUUCAAAGCACCUAUCAGCUUUCAUUGUAUCAGAGAAGCAACAGGGCCUAGCGAUUGAAGUUGGCCAGGAAUUGGGCUUCAAGGUCAAUUUCUCGGUGGUCCUUGGGUUGGCAGAGACGGAUGAAGAUGCUGAGACGGUUUUCAUACAGAUUCUCUCCAGACAAGUGUUUGCUGCAAAAGAUGAUGCUCAGAAGGUUGUGUGGAGUGGCUGGCUGACCUGCGUCAACGGUGACUUGGAGUAUCUCCGAUCACUARCAUCAGAAUUUGUCAGUUUGCCUUUGCUCUGUACCAGGGGACCAGAGUCUCUCACAGUUUUGGUAAAAUCCUGGUUUGAAAAGACAUUUGACUGUUGCUUUGGCCCUCUUGGUAUCAACUCUACCAACCUCCAGUGGCUCGCAGCCCUGUGGAUUGGGUGCCACCCCACCAUCAACAUCCAAUACCUGAAACUGGUUUGGACCCUCCCAACACUACCCCCUAUGGAUGUUAAGUACACCAUCCACCCACAAGAUGCCUGGGAGCUUUGGGACAGUGUGCGGCAGGAUGACACAACAGAUGUCAGCAUCGAGGAGGUCACCAGGUUCAUCAAAGGGCUGCAGUCACACUUCUUCAGGCACUUCAGGAUAGAAUUGUCCGCUGGGUCACUGAUGCAGGUCUCCACGGCUUUGGGUUCUUCUCACCAUAGUGGAAAAAUCAAGAUUGCAAGCCCUACCUACAUCACCACCAUCCUGCAGCUGCUGACAGAAUGUGCCCUCCUGAAGAUGCCCAUCUAAUCAACAUUUGUGCAUGUAAACCCCACAAUUACUGUCCAUAUGAAAUUAUACUGUUUGACACUUAUAUUCCUGUAAAUAGCAUAAGUACCUGUAUUGUAUGAAAAGGCAAGUGCAUACAUUACAAAAUAACCAUUCCUGCU